AUGGCACAAAUGCCCUCAAGGACAAGACCCCCUCAACACAUGACAAGGAAUGUCUACGACCAGCUCUUUCAUCACGGGUCGAGUCUCUCCAAGCUAAGAGAUGCGAUCGCAGCAGGCCGCCUUCUCCAGUCUUCAGAUGGUGGUAUCGGUGUACCAGGGAGAAGUCUAGCAUGGAAGCUGUUCCUCUUGAAAAACGUGCCACUGGAACCUCCACCUCACGAAAUAGCAGUACCACCGCUGGAGGCUUUACGCGCCUACAGGAAGCAGUACUCCGAGCUACUGCUGGAGAAGAUGCGUGCUCCAGAUGGAUCUUAUGAUGAGACUUUUGUCGUGCCAGGCCUCACCAUUCCAAGGAGGAACGUCAAGCCGCCGACGGACUUGGAGAUGAACAACCCUCUUAGCUUACAUGAUGAGAACCCUUGGAGGGAAUGGUUUGCAGCUGUAGACCUCCGGAAGACUAUCCAGCAAGAUGUUGAGCGGACUUUCCCUGAUAUAGGCUACUUUCGCGACGAUGAUGUACAGCAGCAACUCACUAAUAUUUUGUUCCUAUACGCUGUCAUGCAUCCCGAUAUUGAAUACCGGCAAGGCAUGCAUGAGCUACUUGCACCCGUGUACUAUGUUGUAGAUUAUGACUCCACUGCCGAUGACGCUACAUCAUCGUCGGACGAAUCUGUCUUUCGGGAGGUUUGCUCGCGGACGUGGAUUGCGGCUGAUUCAUGGGCACUUUUUUGCGCGAUCAUGAGCGAUAUCUCCAAGUGGUACGAGUGGCGCGAACCGUCAUCUGUCGAAACGUCCUCUGCCCGUGGUCAAGUUAACUUUAAGCCGUACAUGUCACCUAUUAACCUGGCCUGCAACCACAUUCAAAAUAAUCUUUUGAAAUCCGUCGAUCCCAUUCUUCACGGCGUGUUGCAGAGCUCGGGCAUCGAGCCACAAAUCUAUGGCUUACGAUGGCUUCGCCUGUUGUUCACUCGUGAACUUUCUAUGGAUGAUGCGAUGAUAUUAUGGGACGGGCUAUUCGCGAACCCAAUCCCAAUUUCUGAGCUCGCUCAGUGGAUAUGCGUGGCUAUGCUUAUACGGAUACGAACCAAAUUGAUCGCAUCGGACUAUAGCAUGCAACUAACAUACCUGUUGCGAUACCCUCCUUCUCAGGCGGAAGAUGGAGCCCCGCAUCACGCAAUCCUACUACUUCGUCAAGCAUCGUCGCUGGAAAUGUCCCGUACACCCUCCGCGGGCGCGGUUGUGAUGACUGAAAACCGCAACCUUCUAAAUAUUCCCCUGGAAGUACCUGAUCCACCUGCCCAAACGAGGCGGAGGGCACGUCCUCCGAUUUCCUCAUCAGAUUUUCAUGGAACUUCCUCUGCGCAAGGAGAGCAUAUGCGUCAAUCGCCCUCGUUCCAGAUAGGGCUCCCAGAAUUGAUUGCUCGGGGUCUCAUGGAUCGCGGGGAGAGCCUUGGGAUCAACAAGACUGUAAUGAAUGCGGUGUCCGAACUAAGGGUAAGCCUAGACAAUAUUGAGAUAUCGGCGCCGUAUGCGGCAUAUCCCUUGCUCGACGAGCAGGUGACAGAUGAAAGGCAUGUUUCGGAGAACGACCGCCGCAUGGAUACGGAACGAGAACUGAGAGCGCAGAAUAAACGCCUUGGUGAAUCGAUUACUUGGAUACUAAGCGUUUUACAGUCCAAAGAAUCAUCGGAAGCCAAGGAUGAGGGUGUUGCGAGAGUUUCGGUGCAGCAUAAAGAGGCUCUCGAGUCACUGGCUUAUGUGAGGGACAUCUUAGGUGGGGAGGUCAAGGAGAUUGAUGAACGCCGUCUGUGGGGGGUGGUAGAAUACAAUAAGCGUUUGGAAGGUCAGCGCAAGCAGGAGUCUAGGGAAGCAUCUGUCUCCCAACCAAGAAGACAACGUUCAAUCACGAGCCCUACAAACGAGCACCCAGUGCCACCGUUGCAGCGGGAAGUUCGAAAUUUUCUCCCCAACACGUCUGGGACUCCUGUGUUUCUUCGGUCAACGACAUCUGCUCCAUUACACUCUUCUUCGAUGACCUCAAAGGCGAUUCCUAUGGCAUCCUCGACUCAUAAUCGCGUUCAGUCAUCGACUGGGGUGUUCCCCGUCAAGCCGAUUACGAUGCAGCGGACACCCCUUCGCCUAUCAUCUAAUAAUCCCUUCCAACGCACGCCUGAUGUGGGUGGGAUGCCGCCUGCGGCCGUCACAAGCGAUCAAAGUCCGAAGAUCCGAAGUGAAGUGCAGCAGCACGAUCCGCUGGGAGUUCUCAAGUAG